AUGGAUGAUGAAGACGGGCGGUGCCUCCUCGAUGUCAUCUGCGAUCCUCAGGCCCUGAACGAUUUUUUACAUGGAUCCGAGAAGAUUGACAGUGAUGAUCUCCUGGACAACUCAGGAGAUGCUGCCAGUGCCUUUUUUGAAGGUGCUGGGCUCCACGGGCAGGAGCCCUCCGGGAACCCGCUGAGCGCGGAGCCGAGCCAACCGCCGGCCAGCGUGGACCUGGACUUCCUGGAGGAUGACAUCCUGGGCUCCCCCUCGGGCGCCGGCGCCGGCGCCGAGCAGCCGUGCGACAUCCUCCAGCAGAGCCUGCAGGAGGCCAACAUCACCGAGCAGACCCUGGAGGCCGAGGCCGAGCUGGACCUGGGCUCCUUCCAGCUGCCGGCCCUGCAGCCCGUGGUGCAGGCGCCCGACGGGACCCCCCAGAUCUUCUCCGGCGCCGCCGGCGCCGCCGACCUGCUGGGCCUCCAACCGCCCGCCGUGCUGGCCCACCAGGCCCUGGUGCAGCAGCCGGUGGGCGCCGACGUGGUCAACAAGGCCAUCAGCGUCCAGCCCUUCCUGCAGCAGGUGGGGCUGGGCAACGUCACCAUCCAACCCCUGCCCAACCUGCCCGGGCUGCCCAACGGGAGCCCCGGCGGCGCUCUGGGCAUCGGGCCCAUCCAGGUGGUGGGCCAGCAGGUGAUGGCCAUCAACCAGCCGGCGGCGCCGCAGCUGUUGGCCAAACCGGCGCCGGUGGCGGCCGUGGGCGGUUACAUCGCUCAGCCCGAGGCGGCGGCGGCGGCGUCGCAGGCCGGGGCCGGCCUGGUCAUCCAGAAGAGCCUCCCGGCCGUGGCCACCACCGCCCUGAACGGCAACUCGGUGUUCGGCGGCGUGGCCUCGCCGGCGGCGCCGCCGCAGCCCCUGGCCGUCACCUCGGGCCUGGGCGGCUCCCUGGUGCCGGCGCCCAACGUCAUCAUCCACCGCACGCCCACGCCCAUCCAGCCCAAACCCGCCGGCGUCCUCCAGCAGAAGCUCUACCAGAUCACGCCCAAGCCCUUCGCCCCCAACAACGCGCUGGCGCUGCCCGGCGACGCCCAGGCCAAGCCCCAGCAGAACCUGACCUUCAUGGCCGGCAAGGCCGCGCCCAACGUGGUGCUCUCGGGCUUCCCCCCCAACGUCUUCAAGCCGCCGCCGCCCCAACCGGCGCCGGCCGCGGCGGCGACGGCGGCGCUGGGCAAGUCCAUGAGCGUCCACGUGCUCAACCAGGGCGGCAGCAUCGUCAUCCCGGCGCAGCACUUCCAGGGCCAGAACCAGUUCCUGCUGCCGGGGCAGUUGGCCGGAGCCUCGGCCGUGCAGCUGCCGCAGCCGCUCUCGGCGCUGCCGGCCAACGUGGGCGGCCAGAUCCUGGCGGCCUCGCACGGCGCCGGCAUCAUCGCCGGCCAGGGCGCCGCCGGCGCCGCCGCCGCCGCCCAGCUCAUCGCCAACCAGGCGCUGCCGGCGCAGAUCCUCACCAACCAGAACCUGGCCGGGCAGCUCAACCUCGGGCAAGUGCUGACGUCGCCCAACGCCCACGGCACCGCCCACAUCCUGUCGGCGCCCAUCCAGCUCCAACCGGGCCAGGUGGGGCAGCCGGCGCUCUUCCAGAUGCCGGUGUCGCUGGCGGGGACGUUGCCCAGCCAGAGCCAGGCGGCGGCGGCGGCGCCCACGGUGAUCCAAGGGGUGACGUUGGCCAACCAGGUGAUGCUCAACGCCGGUGACGGGUUGGGAGCCGCCGUCAGCAUCCAGGCGGCCCCCGGCGCCGCCCCCGGCGCCAGCCCCAGCCCCGGCGCCGACCCGGCCUCCGUCCUCACCGUCCAACCCGCCGCGCCCGCGGCGGCGGCGCCGCUGCAGCUCAACGUGCCGGCGGCGGCCGGGGGGAACUCCCAGCCCAGCCCGGGGCUCGCCGGAAGCCCCGAGAAGAUCCUGUUGGGCCCCGCGGCCGCGCCCGGCGCCGUCCUGGGCCAGGAGUCCAUGCAGAUGUUCCUGCAGCAGGUCCCUCAGGGGUUGAUCCUGCAGCCGAAGCCGCCCCCGUCCAGCCCCGGAACGUUCCCGGCUCCGGGCGGAGCCUCCGUCCUGGUCACGGCCACGCCCACGGCCCCGCCCGGCCCCGCCCACGGACCCGCCCCCGCCACGCCCAGUAACGCAGCGUCAUUCCCGCCGGGAAAGGGGCCCCGGCUCCGGGCAAGGCCCCGACUCAGCAGCCCAACCAGGCGAAGCCGGGUGGGAUCAAAGGCCCCCCCCAGACCCCGGGGGGGGGGGAAGGGCCCCCAGACAAUGUUGGAGGGGCUGAAGAAGGCGCCGGCGCUGCAGCCCAGUAAGGAGGCCUGCCUCCUGGAGCAGCUGCACAAGCACCAGGGCUCGGUGCUGCACCCGGAAUUCCGGACCCGCUUCCGCUCCGUGGGCGACGCCCUGAGGAGGCUCCUCCCCUACCACGUCUACCAGGGGAUGCUCCCGGCGGAAUCCGAGUGCCAGAGGG